GAGGAAACGUCCACCAAAGACGGAGAAGUAUGGCUGUUGUCUGAUAUUUUGUUUCUAACUCAUUCAUUCUGCAUUUCGUUUGUUAAUUUGAACUCAUUAAGUUCACUAUAAUUAUUACAGAUAAUUUGUUUUGGUGUUAGUCCUCGUCAUUUAAAAUGACAACAGCUGCCAGACCAACGUGGGAAACUGCUAGGGGAGGACGAGGCAAGGGUGAGGGAGGGGGUGACUUGAGUGCCCUCUCCAAACAGUAUUCGAGUCGGGAUCUGCCGUCUCACACUAAACUCAAAUACAGACAGGAAGGCCAGAACACAUCUGAUGAGACUAGAAGCCGUGACUUCCGACGAGAACUUGAGGACAGGGAGAGGAAUGCCAGGGAAAAACGUGACAGAAACAGAGAUUCGUCUAGCAGCAGUAAGCGGCCGCGACUUGAAGCAAUCCCAGCUGCCAACCUUGACGCUGAUGAUCCAGUCGAUGAUGAUGAUGACGACGAUGAUGAUGAGUCGUCAGAUGAUGAGGAUGAAACGGCAGAACUUUUAGCGGAAUUGCAGAAAAUCAAGAAGGAACGAGCCCUUGAAAAACAGAAGCUGGAAUCUGAAAAGAAGCAAGAGGAUGAGAGAAUACGAACUGAAAUUAUUUUAAAGGGAAACCCUCUUUUAAACCCAUCUGACAAAGCUACACAGGAAUUUAAAGUAAAACGGAGGUGGGAUGAUGAUGUGGUUUUCAAAAACUGUACCAAAGGUGAAGAAGACAGAAAGAAGAAAGCUUUUAUCAAUGACACACUACGCUCAGAGUUUCACAAAAAGUUUAUGGAGAAAUAUGUCAAGUAGUCAAGGAGGACUCGCCUUUCAGACAAUUUGUGUACAUUGAGGAGUCCUUGUGAACAGAAAAAUGUUUUAAAACACUGGAUGAGACGAGAAUGGGUCGUCGAACUCAUUUGGUAGAAAUAAUCCCAAAGGUUUCAUAUUUUCCUACAAAAGUUACCACACACAUACUUUCAUUAAUGAAUAUAUUGUUUGUGAUGUGUUCAAGGAAUAUGUGUUAACAUCAGAUGUUAAAUUGACUUUUGACUGCGUGUGUCACUUACAUGGGUUAAAUGUUUCCACCAGCUCUGUAAGAAUUGAGAAAUUUGUGUAUAAACGUAAGUUAUGUAACACUGAUGUGUCGCUGUGAACAGAAAAAUUAACUAAAACACUGGAUGAGACAAGAAUGGGUCAUUGAACUCAUUUGGUAGAAAUAAUCCCAAGAAUUUCAUAUUUUCCUACAAACUUUACCACACACACACUUUUAUUAAUGAAUAUAUUAUACUGAUGGAAAGAAAUAAAGGAUCACACAGACAACAAAACAAAAUAAUGACUGCAUUAAAAAUCAAUUGAUAUUGUCAGAAGUUGACUGGG